AUGGCCGAAACCGAUGAGUGGUCGGCGAAUGCCACCGAAGCUGUCAACAUCAGCCUGAUCGCACCUGCUGCCGGAGCCACAAAGUCCAUUGGAUCGUUUAACCCAAAGUUCACCUACUCGAUCUUCGGCGACGAUGAACGAAUCUUUGGAUAUAAGGACCUUAAAAUCAGCCUUCGAUACCUCACGUAUGACAUGCGGCCCCACGUCAAGGUAUCAUGGGGGAAAAAAUUCCAGUCUGUUGGCGAAACUGAGGCUGCGGACGUCGAUGCCAUAUUGAGAGAGCACCUCCCCGGAGUCGCGUUUCAAUCUGCCAAGGAAUUCGAUAAUCGGGCACAGAGCCAGCCUGAGGGGUUUACUCCUCCCGGUACACUUCAUUCGUGCUUUGAAGGCGAUGAUGGAACAUAUGAGGUGUGGACGGGCAGCCUAGAGGACCCGGCCAUAUCUCAGAUUGCCAACCGCAUCGAGGUUCUUGUUCCUAUGUUCAUCGAAGGUGGUUCAUACAUCGCGCGUGACUUGGAGAACACCGAGGACCCCUGGAAGGCCCCUGAGGACGCCAACCGGUGGACUGUCUUUUUCCUUUACCGCAAACAAUCUUCAGCUGAGGCCUCGACAAAUCCUUCAUACACCUUUGUCGGCUACUCGACUGUCUACAAGUUCUUCUGCUUCCGACCUCCCACGCCACCGUCGACAGAGUGGGAUCUGCCAAAGGAGGAAUUCAAUCUCCUAGAGGAACUGCCUUGCCGCUCCAGACUUUCCCAAUUCUUGAUCUUGCCCCCGUUCCAGGGCAAGGGAAUUGGCGCUCGUCUUUAUAAGACGAUCUUCAACCACUAUCUCAACAAUUCCCAGACUAUGGAGCUGACUGUCGAGGAUCCCAAUGAGGCCUUCGAUGACAUGAGAGAUUUAUGCGAUCUGACCUUUCUCCGCUCUUUGCCUGAAUUUAGUAAGGUCAAAAUUAACACCAAAAUUUCUCUGCCGAGCCCCCCAACUGGCACCGUGCCAAAGGAUCUUGUGGACCAAGAGCUUCUCAGGAAUCUCCGUCAAAAAACAAAGAUCGUGGAGCGUCAAUUUAAGAGACUGAUUGAGAUGCAAACCAUGUCCCAGCUGCCAACAUCUGUGAAGGCUGGAUUCAGUGAGGAGAAGAAGGCGAAGCCGACGAAAGAGGACAACCAUCACUACCAUCUGUGGAAGCUGUUUGUCAAGCAGCGGAUUUACCGUCAGAAUGCGGAUGUUCUUGGCCAACUAGAUGCCGGGGAGCGUUCUGAGAAACUCAACGAGGCGCUCAGCAGCGUGGAGCUUGAGUAUGCCAGACUUUUGGAUUGGCAUGCUCGCUGGGAGAAGCACGAAACUAGUGCCACCAACUUGGUAGACACCGGCAGCAAGCGAAAAUCGGUGGACGAUGCCGAGGAGCAAGCCGUUAACAAGAAGGCCAGAGUUGAGGGCGCCUAA